AUGUUUCUAAUCUACCUCUUUCUCCUGCUAGCCCUAGCAUCAGCCAUCACCAUCCCGCCAAACUGCCCCUCCGACACUCCCACCUGGUCCGACCCUUUCCCCGAAGAACUCCUCGCCGUCCCCAACCUCGACGCCGAAUUCGACUACAUCGUCGUCGGUGGCGGCACCGCAGGUAUAACGAUUGCAUCUCGUCUGGCCGAACACAAUCACCGCGUGGCUCUAGUCGAAGCAGGAGGAAUCUACGAGACCGUGUCUUGGACUGCGAAGAUACCUGGGGCGGAUAGCUUGGGUGUGGGAUCGGAUCCCAAGUCGACGUCUUUGAUUGAUUGGAAUUUCGUGACGUAUAAUGUUCCUGGGGCGAAUGGGAGAGAUGUUCAUUAUCCGAGGGGGAAGUGUUUGGGGGGAUCGUCGGCUUUGAACUUCAUGAUCUAUCAGAGACCGACGAAGCAGUCGAUGCAGCUCUGGGCCGAUCUCGUCCAGGACCAGAGUUACGCUUUCGAUAGUGUGGUUCCGUUCUUCACGAAGACCGUCGAGUUUACGCCUCCAAGUGUCAACCUUCGCUCCUGCAAUGCCACGGCGCAGUAUAAUAUGGACGCCUUUUCUGAGCAUGGCGAGCCUCUUCAUGUGUCUUAUUCCGACUACGCUAUGUCGUUUUCUAGUUGGAUGGAACGGGGACUCGAAGCGAUUGGAAUCCACGAGACGACGGACUUCAAUAGCGGAUCGUUGAACGGCUCCCAAUACUCGACUUCAACAAUUCGGCCAUUGGAUCAGACGAGAAGUAGUUCGAAAACUGCCUUCUUCUACAGGGCUUCUUCACAACGCUUACGGGACUUGAAAGUAUACAUCGGUACCCUGGCCAAGCAAAUCCUGUUUGACUCUUCGAAACGAGCAACCGGCGUGAGGGUGAAGACGGGAUUGGUGACCUAUACACUGCGCGCCAAACACGAAGUUAUUCUCUCAGCCGGCGUAUUUCAGUCUCCACAGCUCUUGAUGGUCUCCGGUGUCGGACCGGCCGAUACCCUGCAGGCGCACGGUAUCGAUGUCAUUUCGAAUCUCCCAGGAGUUGGUCAGAACCUGCGGGAUCAUAUCUUCUUUGGUCCAACGUACCAAGUGGCUCUUGAAACAUUUACCAAGCUGGCUGCGGAUCCUUUGUUUAUGACCGAACAGCUGAUGAAGUACAUCACCGCUCGCACCGGGAUGCUCACGAACCCAGUCACCGAUUUUAUUGCCUUUGAGAAGGUUCCCGAAGCGCUACGGUCUAACUUCUCUUCGAAGACGAAGGAGGAGCUCGAUUGGUUUCCGGAUGAUUGGCCUGAGAUUGAGUACCUCUCAGCAGCUGCGUAUGUUGGCAACUUUUCCAGGCCCUUCCUUGGGCAACCAAAGGGUGGCCCGCAGUACGCUACAAUUCUGGCCAGUAUUCUGGCAACGACCUCCAGUGGAAAUAUCACUAUCAAAUCUGCCGAUACAAAAGACCUACCGGAGAUCAACCUGAACUGGUUGUCGACAGAAACAGACCAGCAGCUAGCCGUUGCUGCAUAUAAGCGGAUUCGGGCCGCCUUUCACAGUGAGGCCAUGGCGCCUAUCGUGGUGGGAGACGAGUAUUUCCCUGGCAUGGAACACACAACUGACGAGCAGAUCUUGGAUGUCAUUCGCAACACCGUAAUGACUAUAUACCAUGCUGCGUGUACGUGUAAAAUGGGACUUCGUGAGGACGGUAUGGCCGUGCUUGAUAGUCAAGCUAGGGUGUAUGGGGUGGAAGGAUUGAGAGUGGUAGAUGCCAGUUCGUUUCCGAUUUUGGUUCCGGGGCAUCCUCAGUCGACAGUUUAUAUGCUUGCAGAAAAGAUUGCGUCGGAUAUUGUAUCGCCUAAAUGUGAGGUUUAG